AUGCCUGCCCACGUCCUCGUGGGGCGCUGUGUGUUGGGGAGUAAGGUGGAGGAAAUUAUUUCUCACCGUAAUAAUAAUGGCGAGGAGCAGUACCUCGUUCGAUGGGCCACUGAUGGCGGCCCAUCGGGUGCCAGAGACGUACCAUUCUCGUGGCAUGCCCCGUCGGAGCUGGACACAUGUCUUGGCCAUCUACAAGCCUAUCUCGAGAGCCUCCUCGCUCAACCGCCACGACGCAAAAAGCGCAAGCGCGCCGUGGACGCCGCAGACCACCAAGCCCGCGCUUCCCCGGCGGAGCGUGUCCGCGACGACUCAUCAACCUCUUCAAACUCCCGCAUGAAUUCGCCCGUCAUUUCGCAACUGUCCACAUUCCCACGUGACGAGCCCGAUGCCAAAGUCUACAAUGGAGUCCUCACCGUCGAAGAUGGCUUCACCUUGGCUGUCCCGUCUCCGUCAGCGCCGCAUCGCAUCGAUGUUCGCCACGUUCCUACCCCAGCUAUGAUUUCCACCGCGAAGACGGCAAGCACCGCCGACGCAGCCGCCAAAGUACGUGCCGAGGUCAUGAGACGCCUCGACACCUUACCUGGUCCAAAGAUCUCUCUCGUGAACACAAUUGACGACAACUCACCGCCGCUGAGCUUCCAGUUCAUUCAGAAAAGCAUCUUAGGCGAAGGUGUGUAUGCCGCAGACCCCGCUACCAGGACCGGCUGUACGAAGUGCAAGGCCCAUAUGGGUCAGAACAUGGGAUGUGAAUACAGUAAGCUGUGCGACUGCCUGGAGUACGCCGCGGUGAGCGAUACGGAACGGAUGCUGCCCGAGGAGCGCGAACGAUGGGAGGCCAUAAAAGCCGAAGGCGGCUUCGGCGACACUGCUGGGCUACCCAAGAAGUUUCCAUACUACUCGAGCGGACCGCGUUCUAGCGCCGAGAAGUGCGGAUGCCUCGUCCCCUUCUACCUCGACCGCCGUUAUCCCAUCUACGAAUGCAAUGAGAAUUGCAAGUGCGGACCGGGCUGCAAGACGCGCAUCGUGCAAAAGGGAAGACAGGUUAGGCUUGAGAUCUUCAAGACGCCCAACAGUCGUGGUUGGGGCCUGCGCUGCAAGGACCCGCUUCGGACCGGCCAGUUCAUCGACACGUACCGCGGCGAGAUCAUCACGGACGACGAGGCAACCCGCCGCGAGAAGGGCGCGCGCCACGGCACCAAGGACUCUUACCUGUACUCACUCGACAAGUUCGCCGAGGCCGAAGGAAUCCCCCAAGAAGAGCUAUACGUCAUUGAUGGAGAGUUCAAGGGUGGCCCCACGCGCUUUAUAAACCACUCAUGCGAGCCCAACUGCCGUCAGUACGUCGUCUCGUACAAUCGCCACGACCCCAAGGUCUAUGAAAUCGCCUUCUUCGCCAUUCGGGACAUUGCCCCCAACGAGGAACUUACCUUCGACUACCUGGACAAAGACGAGCCCGAGGACGAAGAACUUGAUCCAGAAGAGAGGAACGAGGGUGGCAUGAAGCCGGUCAAGUGCCUCUGCGGGGCUCGCAAGUGCAGAGGGUACUUGUGGCUGUAA